AUGGCAGGAAUUGCGAGCCGCGAUGGCGCCUCCAAGCCCUUCGCUUGGACUACCGUCUUCUAUCUUCUCAUGGUUCUGCUUGCGCCUUUAGCCCUGUUCAGUGGCAGCGCGCAGGCUCAAGAUAACGGUGUCGAGGAAUACGGCACCGUCAUCGGUAUUGAUUUGGGAACUACCUACUCUUGUGUCGGUUUGAUGCAAAACGGAAAGGUUGAGAUUCUCACCAACGACCAAGGAAACCGUAUCACUCCCUCCUACGUGGCUUUCACCGAUGAUGAGCGCCUCGUUGGUGACGCUGCCAAGAACCAAUAUGCCGCCAACCCCACACGUACCAUCUUCGAUGUCAAGCGUCUGAUCGGUCGCAAGUUUGACGACAAGGUUACCCAACAGGACGCCAAGAACUUCCCCUUCAAGGUUGUCAACAAGGAUGGAAAGCCUAACGUCAAGGUUGAGGUCAACAAGGUCAACAAGAUCUUCACCCCUGAGGAGGUUUCCGCCAUGAUUCUCGGCAAGAUGAAGGAGAUCGCUGAGAGCUACCUCGGCCACGCUGUGACCCACGCUGUUGUUACCGUCCCCGCCUACUUCAACGAUGCUCAGCGUCAGGCUACCAAGGAUGCCGGUGUCAUUGCUGGUCUUAACGUCCUCCGUGUUGUCAACGAGCCCACCGCUGCCGCAAUCGCCUAUGGUCUGGACAAGACUGGUGACGAACGCCAGGUUAUUGUGUACGACUUGGGUGGUGGUACUUUCGAUGUCUCCCUUCUCUCUAUUGACCAGGGUGUUUUCGAGGUUCUGGCUACCGCUGGUGACACCCACUUGGGUGGUGAGGAUUUCGACCACCGUGUUAUGGACCACUUCGUCAAGCUCUACAACAAGAAGAACAAUGUUGAUGUUACCAAGGACCUCAAGGCCAUGGGUAAGCUGAAGCGUGAGGUUGAGAAGGCCAAGCGUACUCUCUCUUCCCAGAUGUCCACUCGUAUCGAAAUCGAAGCCUUCUUCGAUGGCGAGGACUUCUCCGAGACUCUUACCCGUGCUAAGUUCGAGGAGCUGAACAUGGACCUGUUCAAGAAGACCCUUAAGCCUGUUGAGCAGGUGCUGAAGGAUGCCAAGGUUAAGAAGUCUGAGGUUGAUGAUAUUGUCCUUGUUGGUGGUUCUACUCGCAUUCCUAAGGUCCAGGCUCUUCUUGAGGAGUACUUUAAUGGAAAGAAGGCUAGUAAGGGUAUCAACCCUGAUGAGGCCGUCGCUUUCGGUGCUGCUGUUCAGGGUGGUGUUCUCUCCGGAGAUAAGGCUACUAUCGAUAUCGUUCUCAUGGAUGUCAACCCUCUUACCCUGGGUAUUGAGACCACUGGUGGUGUCAUGACCAAGCUCAUCCAGCGCAACACUGUCAUCCCCACCCGCAAGUCCCAGAUCUUCUCUACUGCGGCUGACAACCAGCCCACCGUGUUGAUCCAGGUCUUCGAGGGUGAACGCUCCAUGACCAAGGACAACAACAACCUUGGCAAGUUCGAGCUGACCAACAUUCCCCCUGCUCCUCGUGGCGUCCCUCAGAUUGAGGUCGCUUUUGACCUGGACGCAAACGGAAUUCUCAAGGUCAGCGCUAGUGACAAGGGCACUGGUAAGGCUGAGUCCAUUACCAUUACCAAUGACAAGGGUCGCCUCUCCCAGGAGGAGAUUGAGCGCAUGGUCGCUGAGGCCGAGGAGUUCGCCGAAGAGGACAAGGCCAUGAAGAGCAAGAUCGAGGCCCGUAACGGUCUUGAGAACUACGCCUUCAGCUUGAAGAAUCAGGUCAACGACGAUGAGGGUCUUGGUGGCCAGAUCGAUGAGGACGACAAGCAGAGCAUCUUGGACGCUGUCAAGGAGGCCAUUGACUGGCUGGAGGACAACGCUGCCACCGCCACUGCCGAGGACUUUGAGGAGCAGAAGGAGCAGCUCUCUAGUGUCGCUUACCCGAUCACCAGCAAGUUGUACGGCUCUGCUUCUCCUCCCGAGGAUGACGAGCCCUUGGACCAUGACGAACUGUAA